CUGGCGGUUGGACCACGAUUUAUUUACGGAAUUACAGACUGUUUAGUCGAUCAGAAGACGCCGGAACAAUAAUUCAAGAGGAAAUCGAGUUUUUAAAGUGGUUUGGAGGAUUUUUGAAGGCUUCAGACGUUGAAAGGAUUUAACAUGAAACCGGGAGGUGCCACACAAGUUGCCAUUCCCCAAUCUACACAACACGAGGAUAAAUCUAGAAAGACUUUGCACAAUCUUCAACCAGCUGCCACUGAUAAGGAGAAUUUAGUCGGUGCAGGGAGGGUCCUGAGGUCUGGUGUGACUGGCAAAGUCACACCCAAGGAUGAGAUGUCAGCAAAACCAAAACCAGACACUGGCAAGAAGAUUAAAAAGAUAACUCACAAAGACAAGGCAUGCCAAACUGCCAGAGGUGAUAAAAUUAAGAUAGAGGUUGAGGAUUUGACAUCUGAUGCUGGCCCUAGUGAGAACUACUGGCAGGUACUUGCUGAGAGACGGAGAAUAGCUCUCGAUGAUGCCCUGGAGGAGAACAAAGAGCUCUCCAGACGUGUCGAGACACUUGAGGAGGAGAAUAAAACCUACAAGGAGAUGCUGGACGAGACAAGAGCCCUCGUCGAGGUGCUCCAGGAGAUGAUUGGAGAGGAUCGUCCUGACAUCAACAACUCCCUGGACGAUAGUGUACUCUGAUAGACAUCUAGUUAGUCAAUACUUAAGUACAAUAUUUUUUAUUAAUUUCUUAAUACUUAGAGAUACCAACAGACUGACGUAAACUUUUUCAUAAAAAAAAAGAGUGAGAAAAUAAUUAUUGUAAGAGAAAUACUUUGACUUUUUGAUAAGUUUAUAGAGCUCAACGACUCAAGCUUAGAGAUAUAUCGAUUAUCACCGGUGUUAAAUGCACAAAUUAAAAAAAAAAUUGCAACGUUCACUAUCACAAUAUGAAAGAAAAAGUUGUUUCCAAUUUAUGUGGUAACAGUUUGAUGUAAAAAUUUUUUUUGAGGUUAUGAAAAAUUUUUCUCAGUACUGAAAUACAUAACGAUCAUUGGUAAUUAUCGAACGAUCUAAUCUUCGUCUUUGAAACGACGAUAUAUCGAUUGAACGUAUGUGAAGACACAUUUCCAGUCUGGUCGCUGCAUCAUUACCAUGUCAUCAACGUCGAGCAAUGGCGUGAUGUCAGCGAUUUCUCUAAAAGAAAAUUAAUGAAUUAAUCUUAAUAGAGGCAUUUCAUAAUUAUUAAGUGAUUUUUUAUAUUGAUGAGACGUUUGUGGGUGACAAUAAUACACAGAUGAACGAAUAAAUAUUGAUAUGAGCUCUUA